CUCCCGGUUAGAAGCCGAAGCGGCCCCUCUUCUACGGCGGCUGCGAUUAAUAGUUGCCAAUGCACCUGGUUCCUUGGGCUUCGGAUUAAUGUGAAUCUUCCACAUAAAGAUUUACAGAUGAAAUAAAAGCCUUUUAGAGCAAUACUUCCUUUCAAGUUCUUAAGACGCCUCUAAAUCUUUCUGAUCUUCCGAAAUGCCAGUCCACUGUCACGGCGGCAAUGAAUCUGGAUAUCAGGGGCUCGUCUCUCCUGGCAUUUGUCUGAAAUGGAGCUGUCUGUCUGUCUAUCCUAGGCCUGGACGCGCUCUGCCCGGUUUCUGUGCCCCAGGAGCUACGCGACAGCCUUCCAGGAUUAUGGAGUUUCUGAGCGAGAAGUUUGCCCUCAAGAGCCCUCCGACUAAAAACAGUGACUUUUACAUGGGCGCAGGAGGUCCUCUGGAGCACGUUAUGGAGACGCUGGACAAUGAGCCCUUUUACAGCAAAGCGUCUGCAAGCAAAUGCGUGCAGGCCUUCGGACCCCUGCCCCGCGCGGAGCAUCACGUGCGCUUGGAGAGGACCUCGCCCUGUCAGGACGGCAGCGUGAACUAUGGGAUCACUAAAGUAGAAGGACAGCCCCUUCACACCGAACUGAAUAGAGCUAUGGACAACUGUAACAGUCUCCGAAUGUCUCCCGUGAAAGGGAUGCAAGAGAAGGGAGAGCUGGAUGAACUUGGGGAUAAAUGUGAUAGCAAUGUAUCCAGCAGUAAGAAACGGAGACACCGAACCACCUUCACCAGUUUGCAGCUAGAGGAGCUGGAGAAAGUCUUUCAGAAAACUCAUUACCCGGAUGUGUAUGUCAGAGAACAGCUUGCUCUGAGGACAGAGCUCACUGAGGCCAGGGUCCAGGUUUGGUUUCAAAAUCGAAGGGCCAAAUGGAGAAAAAGGGAACGUUAUGGCCAAAUACAACAAGCGAAAAGCCAUUUUGCUGCCACCUAUGAUAUAUCAGUUUUGCCAAGGACUGACAGCUACCCACAGAUUCAGAACAAUUUGUGGGCAGGAAAUGCAAGUGGUGGUUCUGUGGUUACUUCAUGCAUGUUACCACGUGACACUUCCUCCUGUAUGACACCUUAUUCUCACUCGCCCCGGACAGACUCCAGCUACACAGGGUUUUCAAACCACCAGAACCAGUUCAGCCACGUGCCCCUCAACAAUUUUUUCACUGACUCUCUUCUUACUGGGGCAACCAAUGGACAUGCAUUUGAAACAAAGCCAGAGUUUGAAAGGAGGUCUUCCAGUAUCGCAGUUCUUCGAAUGAAAGCCAAGGAGCACACCGCCAAUAUUUCAUGGGCCAUGUAACAUACAGUACUCUUUUAUUUUUCUUUUAAUAGCAAAGUUAAACAUUCUUAUUUCUCAUAUUUAAAGGAUACCACAAUAAGCUGCUGUGUGUGGAAUUGCUAAAGGUCAAGAUAUUCAGUGAGACCAGCUUAAAUGAAUAGUUGUUAUUUAACAUUAAAAUCUAAGAAUGAACCUCUGAAAAGACUAAAUAGGUUUACCAUGUGCCAGUCUCCACAAACUCUGUUUUAGUAGUAAGAUUUUCUUUUUCUAUUGUACAAGUCAAUGAAAUAUGAUCACGCAACUUAUUAAAGAAUAAAUGUGUUAAACAAAUUCUUCUGUUAUAGAUUGAUUUAUGUUACUUCUGUAUAACAAGAAAUCUCUUGUAAAAUAAUACCUGAUAAAGAAGGAAAUGCACUGGGGAAAAUGUCAAGAUGCCAAAGCUGUCAGGUAAAUAUUGAAUCAGAGUGUUUUGGGGAGUUAACUGCUCUCUCUCUCUCUCUCUCUCUCUCCAAAAAGCAGUGGGCAAAAACCCUGUUGCUGAGAAUUUAUUUUCAAGCCUCAUUUUUAUUUUUGUUUUUACCCUUUGAUGUUUUAGUGAAUUUCCACUCUGUUAAACAAGAGAUCUUUUAAAAUAACCAACAUUCGCAUGAGAUAUUUGGGCACGGUUUCCUGAAGCCACAUGGCUAAAGGUGAUAACUGAAGUAUUCUGGUGUGAUUGAAAAUAUAGUCAUGGGAGCGGACUUUAUAAAUGUCA